GCAGUGUUUACUUCCGGCGAGCUGGGAAAACUCCGUUUGAAUGACAGACUCGGGCUCCGACGGGAUUCUCCUCCGGUGCCGCCGCGGGAAGAGUCCGAACUCUGGCGCUUCUGCACCCCGCCUGCGGACGGGGCGGCAUCGCAUUAGCGGCUUUGCUCUGAGGAGAGACGUUUAAUUCUGCAGAAAUUACAUUGGAGGCGGCGAGGAGGUGCAGAGCCUAUGGAUUGGUUAAUGGGGAAGACUGCAAAGUCAAAGCCAGAUGAUAAGCUGCCUUUGACUGAGGAGAAGAAAUUGUAUCUGGAUGCAGAGUAUACCUCAGCCCGAGUGUCUGAUGCUGAUUUGCCCAUGCUGGUUUCUUUGCCUAGUGAAAUUGACCAGAAUGAGUGGUUGGCGAAUAACACGAUGACAUUUUUCAAUCACAUAAACCUGCAGUACAGUGCAAUCUCUGAGUUCUGCACAGCAGAGACCUGCCCAGUGAUGAAUGCAUGUAAUACUCAGUACUUCUGGACAGAUGAGCGGGGGAAGAAAAUAAAGUGUACUGCACCGCAGUAUAUUGACCUAGUGAUGACCCACAUCCAAAAACUACUGACUGAUGAGGAGAUCUUUCCUACCAAGUAUGGUAAAGAGUUCCCGAGUACCUUUGAAUCGCUUGUCCAGAAGAUCUGUCGCUACCUCUUCCACGUUCUUGCUCACAUCUACUGCGCCCACUUCAAGGAGGUUGUGGCCCUCGAACUGCACCCACACCUCAAUACUUUGUAUAUGCACUUUCUGAUCUUUGUCAGGGAGUUCAAUCUCGUUGACCCCAAGGAAACAGCUGUGAUGAAGGACUUAACGGAUGUUCUCCUCAGUGGUGCACCACAGCCCCAAAACCACGUCAACCACAGAUGAGCUGACAACCAGUGCACAUUGUGGAUAUUAGAGAUAUUUUCUUUAGUGGAAAGAAUAAUAACUUCAAAGAUCAUGUUGCCCAUGGCAACGCUGAAGUAAUAUAUGACCAACAAAUCAGUAAAUCCAAGUGGCCCAAAAUGGUGACCACGUUGAACCCACCCUGCAGUACUGCAGUUAUCCUUUAUAACGGCCACGCUGAAUGUCACCUUUCUCGAAUACUAAACUCUGUAUAGAGUUACUUGGUUGGCCCCUAUAAUAGGCAUCACCCCGCCCCUGUAACUAAGCCAAUGAGUGCGUGCAGUGAGUUUCCUUGCCUCUGUAGAAGAUUGCCAUAAUUUGCUAGUGGCCAGUUACGACUCUGUCAGCACUCAUGAACUAACUGAUGUUGCUCACUGAAGGUUCCAGUUUCUUUUACUGGAUCUUCCCUGCCCAGAGUGGGGCAUGGAUGGUGCAAAUCUGCAAGCAGAGCAAUGCGAUUGGUAAGAUCCUUGGGUUAUGAGAUGGAAUAAAUCUAAAGACUUCCAUCGUAUCUGUGUAGAUUUUUGUUCUUAGUUGCUAAGAGUUCCUGGGGUAUGUUCAGAACCAAGCUGGAGACAGCUUUUGCUUAAAGGGACGUGCUGCUAUUCCUGUCCCUUCUCCUUCCUUUUUAAAUCUUGUAUAAUUUGUUGGUGUCAUCAUGUGAGCUCUUUUGAGGAUAAUCUACAGUUAAUGAUCCUAAUGGAUCAGAAGAUUCUUCAUGACCCAUGACUUGUUUUAUUUCCUGCAAGAAAUCUUUGAGCUAUCCACAAGUCCAGAAGUUUGUCGUAUGGCCUCACAAAAACAAAACUGAUCUGUGGCCGUGAAAUAUAUUUGACUCCCUUUGAUGUGAAUAUUUGCUCUCACUGAGGUAAAAGAAGCCUGUGCUGUCCAUUAUGGACAAGCAUUCCAAGGCUUGACUAGUUGCAGAGUGUAGACCCCUCCCAACAAUGUGCCCCAGCCUCAGUAUCGGAUAACCAUGUAAUGCUGCUAGGGUGUGGCAUUUUACCAUUUCCCACUCACCUGCCUCCUUGAGCGAGAUUACCAGGUGUUGUCCAUUACAGUUGGUGGGUGCCAUGGGCAAGUUCAUGGGUCAUGAUUAAGACUGCUGAAAGUUCUUUUAUUUUUGUAUUAAUGUACUACACUACUGACCUGGGAGUGGUGCGAUAGGCGAAAGUAAUUUUGCUGAUGACCAAGGAAUCGUGUGUGUGAAUUGCCUCCCACUUGUGCCUCUGGGUUUACAAUGUGUUUGUAUGAAUUUUGCUGCUUAUCCUUGCAUGAUUUGGAAUCUAAUUAACGCUUAGCACGAUGGGAUUCUGAAAACAGCAUUGGAGGUCCAAGUCCUCCCUCCCUCCAUCCCUUGGUUACAUCUAGAUGUUUUGGUUUGCGAGGUGGUAUGAGAAAAUGGUUUAGAAGCUAUUGAUUGUACUUCAAUUGUUGGUUUUGAAUGUCAUAAUCGCCCAUUUGGAUUAUGAGUGCCAGACUAAUUGAAGCCAAUGGAACCAUGGGCAGUGAGGGCACCCUCCUUGUUUGGCUGUGACCCACUGUGGUCACGAAGAGUUGAAGGGCAAUGAAUAGUAGCUUCUGCAGUACUUUCCUGAGAACAGAUUCCAAAGGCCUUUAAAAUAGUGGGAAGACCCAUUAUGAGUCCCCUCUUCAUUGUUAUGCUCAUUUCCCUGUAAUCAGAAAAUGAAAAGUACCUUUUUUUAUUUGCUUUUUCAGCUCUCUUUAACGUGGCCUCUGUGUGAACUAGAUAGGCCAAUCCCACUGUUGCAGCAUUGCAAAGAAACUGUUGUGACACCAGUUCCAACAUUGUAAAGACUCCCCUUUUCCCUUAGUAUGAGGUGGAACCCAGAUCUUGCAUACUGGCUAUACUAAAGACUGAUUUCUUGUCAGAUACCUGUCUUGAAAGUUUUGUUUUCAGUGGCUGCAAUUAAGAGUGUUUCUUCAUAUUACAUUGGUGGAACUGUACUCUCUGGGAAAGAGGUGGCUAGGAAUAAGCAGCUUCCCUGUUAAAUAGCAAAUCAGCUUUUACUUUAAUUACUUCCCUUUGGUUUUUGGAGCUUUGCUCACAACUUGAGUCUAAAUAAGUAUAAAGUGAAGGACACCAUCUUGGGAAUGCAAAUGCCUGCCUGGUAAACUGGACAAAUAGGAUGUUCACCACUGCACACCCUUGUUAGAGUGGCUGAUGUGGAGUGGGUUUAUGAAGUGCCGCGUUUUGGUUUCCACAGUUUCUAAAGACCAGAACAAUGCAAUGGAUAUCAGUACAUUUGUUAAUUUUAUCAUCCUUAUCUUAAUUUGCUCCAUGAUAAGGCUCUGUUUGUUACUAUAAAAUAUUUAAAACUAUCAGCAGCAGCUGAAAGAUUGCUGCUGUUUUUGUUUCUUUUCCUGUCGAGUGCAAAUACUAUUUAUUUUGGCAUGCUGUUUUUUUUCUCUUUUUCAUCAGAACGGAACACAGACUGGACAAUCACUUCACAGGGAGUGACUGGCUGGAACUUGGAGCAUCCAGUAACAAUUUCAUUUUUGCAUGGUAUAAGUGCAUACUAUGAUAGUCAUAAUCAAAGUCUGAAUAGGUUGUACUUUGGUAUGUUAGACUACAGAGUGUAGCAGAUAAGCAGAUUACACUUGCUUUCUCUUUGCAGUAACUCAGUUUUUUUUUAAUGCAAACCUAGGUUCCAAGAUCUGAUAGUACUGUAGAUUUGGGAGGAUGUGGGUCUACUGUGGAGGAUGUUUAUACUCCAUGCCUACGGAGACUGUCUCAGGGUAAAUGCAAGCAAGCAGUUCAUAUGAGGUCCCUCUCCUAAAAUGGGAGGCAGUUUAAAAGAAGUUUGGAGAGGGAAGGAACCACCUGCUUAUGCGUAGAAAAUGAUUUGCAACUUAAGAACUACAGCUCCAAGUUUUACUUUGUGUAGUAGGUCAGAAAAAUUAGAGAGAGACUAUUUACAUGUCAAUUGUAGAUCCAGUGGCUACAGAACUGGAGGUGGGAUUGCAAACCAAAACUGUGUGUCUGGGCUGAAUUCAUGAGAGCUGCAAGAAUGAAUGAGUUAUGUUGCCUGACGUCAUGGGGUUUUUUUUGCAGUGACUGUGAUAGCUUCCUUCUGAGUCCACUGUACAUCGUUUAGGCAAGUGCAGGACUUUUAUGUUAACCUGUUUAAUUUUUAUUUGUGUUCAGAGUAAAGGUCUUGCUCCGAGACCACACAGAAAUGGCUGUGUGUGACAACAGGACAAUAGCUGUGCUUGGCCAGGUAACAAGAUCAGUUACAGGUCAGGGUAAUGACCAUGUUAACGGUGCUGAUAAAAUCUUGAGUGGCAGUGAAGCUGGUCUUGGUCAUUCUGAAGCUUAGCAUCCUUUCUUUUGGUUGGCAGAUUUUAUUAAUAUAAAAUCAUCAAACAGAUGUUUGUGUUGUCUAGGUGAUCACUCCCAGGCUAGUUGACUGGAAGUCAACAGCUUGCCCUGGGAUAUGAGCUUAGCUACCUCCUCCGUGUUCUUUACAAGAUGGGAUCCUUCCUCCGUGACAUCCCUGCGUGGCCUACUUUUAGUACACAGAAAGCAAAAGGGUUCGGCUCUCUCUGGGGAGGAAGAAUCGUCCUCCAUCUCAUUGCUUGAGCUAAGGAGGAGUGCUGAUGUAAUGAUUUCCUUUGCAUCAACUCAUCUUUGAACUUGAAUAAUCUUCUGAUUUCUCCUGCUGAUUAUUUCUUGAACUAUUGAUGAGCAGGGUUGGUGGUUGCCUGGUGUGCUGCAUUACAACAAGACAGAGGCAAACUGGACCCUAGUUAUCUUUCAUAUAAACUUGAUUUUUUUUUGUAGACAUUUGAUUUUCUUCCUUUCUCAUGAGGAACCCUUAAGUAUUGGGCAGUUGUGAAGGAAUGAUGUGGUUCCCAGUUGUUCACGGGUACUUUGGUGCACUUAAUGAUUGGCUAACAGGAACGAGUGUGCUUACAAGCUGUCCGCACCAAACCAAAAGGGACGUUUCGUUUCAAUGAAUAACUGAUGGUGCUAGCUUGUUGCUAUAAAGAGUUGUUAAUUUACGGGAAGCCUCUAAUAGUCUGUUAAUACUGGAUGUAAUAUAACUACUUAAUAUCAUACAUUGCAUUUCACAACAAGAAAAUCGUAAAAUAAAAGAGUAACAUUCACUGAACGUA